AAAAUCGUGUACGUGACCGGCGGUUCUGCUAGCUGUAGCCUCCGCCUGCCAGACUUCACCGGUGCGUGUAGUCCAGCUGCUCAUCACCAUGUUCAGUGCCGCCGUCCGACUUUCUGUCUCCGGGGUCCGGGCUCUGACCCGCACGCAACCACGUUGCCAAGCUGUUUUGGCCUCGAGGUGUUAUUCACAUGGGACCCAGGAGACGGAUGAGGAGUUUGAUUCCCGCUGGGUCACCUAUUUCAACAGGCCAGACAUCGACGCAUGGGAGUUGAGAAAGGGGGUGAACACAUUGAUCGAGUACGAUCUGGUGCCUGAGCCAAAGAUUCUCGAGGCAGCACUGAGAGCCUGUCGGAGGCUAGACGAUUUUGCCAGCACUGUCCGAAUUUUGGAAGUCGUGAAGGAAAAAGCUGGCCCUCAUAAAGACAUCUACCCAUACGUGAUCCAGGAGCUCAGGCCAACUUUAAGUGAGCUUGGGAUCGCCACACCUGAAGAGCUUGGCAUUGACAAAGCGUAGAUGAGUACCUGCUAGUGAAGACCCCCAGAUCCAAAACCAUUAUAAAUGUUUGCCUCAUAAAAGUGUGAUAUUUAAUUUGGCCUUUAUUACGUUCUGUUGCUUGUAAAAUAUUGAUGAGCCUAAUAAAGGAAAAUGUAUCUUUA